AUGGCACGAAUAACAACGCUCUCCCUUAUCGUAUUCUUCGCAUUCAUUGCUCCUUUCACGCACGCCAUCAAAUUUUCCCUUCCAGCAGCUCGCUUGCCCAUCCCAAAAUGCAUAUGGAAUGCUGCGCAUACCCAUGCACUUGUCAUCGUCACCGCCAACGUUGGACCCGGGGCAAACCAACGGGUAGACGUCGAAAUUUUGGAUUCAACACCCCACCGCAACGUUUAUCUCUCAAAACGCGACAUUAAGGGUGAGACGAGACUUGCUGUCACAGCACACGGCGAGGGAGAGGUUGGAGUGUGUUUCAAGAAUUAUCUAUCUCCCGACAUCAAACUUGACAUCGCGCGGAAUAUGUCGCGCACCGUCGAUUUGGAUAUUGAUAUCGGGGCUGACGCUGUUGACUACAAUGCGAUUGCAAACCAAGAAUCACUCUCUGGGCUUGAGACAGAAAUGCGAAAGCUGGAAGGCAUUGUAAAAGAGAUAGUCGACGAGCUCGAAUAUCUCAAGAAGCGCGAAGAACGUUUUGCAGACACCAAUCGUCAGUCUUUCUUCAGAUUCCUGCACACUACUUCUUAUGAAUUUUAUAAUUUUGCCUGGUUCACCAUUCUUGCCCUCACGGCCCUUGGCGUCUGGCAGAUUCUCCACCUCCGGUCGUUUUUCAAGCGCAAGUACCUCAUUGAUUGA